ACAUAUUUCUCUUUCUUUCCGGUUUAGCAAUCAUGCCUUUCCAAAGAUUUGUACAAACUGGACGCAUCGCUAAAUGCUCGGCUGGCCCAUUGAAGGGACGACUUGUUGCCAUUGUCGAUGUAGUUGAUCAAAAUAGGGUCCUUGUUGACGGGCCCCUAACUGGAGUACCACGUCAAGAAUGUAGGCUAAACAAUCUUCACUUAACGAAAUAUAGGAUAAAAUUCCCCUAUACUGCUCCUACACGCAUUGUACGCAAGGCGUGGCAAGAAAGUGAUUUGAAGAGCCAAUGGAAAGUAAGCUCCUGGUCGCAAAAAGCACAAAACAUUUGCAAGCGAUCUCAACUUAAUGAUUUUGAUCGAUUUAAGUUGCGUUAUGCAAAACGUCAACGAAACAAGCUGUUGACAAUUGCGUUCAAUGCAUUAAAGAAACGAACUAAGGCAGAUGGUAGCGUUCGUAAACUUAAGAAGGAUAAGCGCGAGGCCAUACGUCAAUUGAAGUCGCAAGGUGUAAAAAAACCUAUUCUAAAAAAAUGAGU